AUGGCGUUCCAAAUAACGCUUGCACCCCCGGUUCCGAUUGUAGCUCCUGCAGCGAAAACGCAGCGCCCGACAACGGCAGCCGGAAUCGCAGCCGCGAGAACCGCCGCCGCCGCGAAGGCAGCAGCUGAUGCGACAGCCGCUAAGGCACGCGCAGAUGCGACGGAUGUUGCAGGUAACCUCGGUACUGCUGGCACAGCCACAUGGGCAUUGCCGAUGGACGAGGGUGCCCGUAGCUCGAUUAUCCGUAGACACGUUCCCGUUUCUAUCGGUGCAGCGGCACCGGAAGCCGGCGAAAUGAUGGAUUCCUGGGCACUUGCCUCGGAUACGAGUUUCGCACAAAUCACGCAUAUCCGUGCGAGUAGCUACUACGGCUCGGCGGACGAUGUCGGCACACCUGGAUUCCGUGCUGGUGGUGCGUUGCCUGUUGAACUUUCACACUUCCGUCCUGCCCGUAAUAAAGACACAGGCGCAGUGGUGAUUACAUGGUCGACGCAAUCGGAGUUGAACAACGCUGGAUUCUUUAUCAAGCGGAGUCAGCAACGCGAUGGCGAGUUCCAAAUCAUCAAUGCGACAAUGAUCCAAGGCGCAGGGUACAACCAGUGA